GCAUUACCCGAUAUCUGCCUCCUAUUGACCUCACGGAAAUGUCGGCUCGGCUUAUGCGCGAACGUUACCGUGACCUUAUUAAGGUGGCAGAAGAGUCGGGCCCGUGUGUAACCUGUCGGUAACCAAACCUGUUCCUGUCGCUAUGGAGAAGAGAAAGAAAACUUUCGAUGUGACGGCGGCUUCGUUAGUUGAUCUCAAGGCAGAACUUUAUCGAAAACAGGAAGAGUUCAAGCAGGACAAACUUCUGAAAGAAGCAGGAGGUCAAUAUAAAGCCAAGCCAUCCAACAAGAAGCCAACUAUCUGGAGCAAACAAAAUAUAGGUGUCACUGAUCGGGCUGAGAAGGACGUUGAAGAAAAGAUUGAGGAACAACAGACACUUGAUAAGUCGAGACAGAGGUUGGAGGAAAAAGCAAAACUUUACGAUCAGAUGACCAAAGGAGAUUUGCCAGAUGAAGAAACAGAAAGCAUGUACCUGGUGGAUUUCACACAGAAGAUAUUUGAUAAGCAGAAGGAGCUGCAGGCUCAUAGCGAGAAUCAGGCAUUGAAGGCAGCAGAAAGUGAACAGGACCUGGAUUCAGCACCUGCUUCUGAAGUGGUACCACCUCAGGACUCUGAUGAAGAAUGGGUGGACUAUGUGGAUUCUUUAGGCCGAUCCCGAAGAUGCAUGAGAAAAGACUUGUCAGGACUACUCUCCAUGGAUCGAGAUCUAAGGGAGUCAAGGCAGGAGACAAAUAAAAAGACAUUGCUCUCUGAAGACAUGAGGAGGGAACUUCAGCGGCAGCAGUGGGAAAAAGAGGAAGAGGAAGCACUGAGCAGGCCAAUUGGACCAGUACACUAUGAGGACAUCCGCCAAAAUGAGGCUCGAGAGCUGGGUGUAGGUUAUUUCGCUUUUGCUCGUGAUGAAAGCACCAGGAAGAAGCAGAUUGAAACCCUGGACAUGCUGAGAGAACAGACUAUGGAUCAGAGAACCAAACGAGAAAAACUUAAGGAGAAGCGCAAAGCUAUGCUGAGUGCCAGACUGGCAAAGGUUCGUGAGAGAAAGAUGAAGAAACUGAAAGCUGAUGGAAUUGAAAUUACUGUAGAGCUGCCAGAGUUGCAGAACAAAGGUACAGACGAAGAGACAGAGGAACAAGUGCCAGGGCCAACGAUUUCAGAACUAGAUGCAAGGCAGAACGAAGCCACUGGCCCAAGGAAUAAGAAAGUAGAGAUCGUAAUACAGGAGCGCAAGGACACAAAACCUGGUGUGCCACACGUACGGGAAUGGGACAGAGGAAAAGAGCUACUGUUUGAACACUGGUCCAAGAACCACCUGGAUCCUAGGGAUGAGAGACCAGCUGAAUUUGCACCCCCUUCAGACUAUUACAGUGAUUCCAAGAGAUCAAAUAACUAUGGAGGCUGGAAGAAGUGCCAGCUUGGAUCUUCCUUCCAACAGACUGCACAGUUUGAAGGACAGUGCUAUCCCAACAUGAAAUUACAAAGCAAUUCAAAACUCCAUCAGCCAGCCAGUGGCAGUGCUCUGGAUGAUAUGCUGUCUUAUUACAAGCAUUCUGCCUGAACAGACAUGAGCCCCACAGUGAAAUUGUUAUUGGUGAUACGUCAGAUUAAAGCAUUUUCCACAA